AUGGCUGUUGCAGGCUUCGCGCGCGCCAUCUGCCGUGGGAGCUGCCGGCUGCUGGCUCGGAGGUCUCACGGUGCCCGUGUAAACCGUUUGUUAGCGCGCGGUUCUCCUUUGUGUGAAGACACGUCUAUUGGAGUUGCUGCAAGCGGCUCAGAGCUGGAAAGAAAUGUGACUCUUGAACAUGACAUUCAAUAUAAUGUCCAACAAAACGAUAAAAAAAUCGCAAAAAAAAGUGAAAUUCAUCUAAGAGAAAGUGUUUUACGACCAGAAUUUCAAUUAAAAAGUGAAAAUCAGCCCUUGAGAAUUCGCGAGCGCCUCCCCCAACAGGAUGCGCGGCCAAGAAGUGCGCUGUCAGCGGCUACAAUAGGCGACCACACCUCCGAUCAGGACAGGCAGGACGACAGCGUAAAUUAUCUCUUGGACGCCGUGGGUGUGAGGUCGUCAGGUCACGUAGGACUGGAGGCGCAGGGCAGCCGGCGCUUGGGCGACACUCGCCGACGACUCAACAGCCAAGGGGUGGACUGCAGUCAACAGGAACGGGCAGAAAACUGGAACGACCCGCACUUCAGCAUGGGGCUCAUGACUCCCUGGGAACAUUCUUCUUUGAGCUCCCGAAUUCUUGUUGACAACACUCCUGUGACUGACGACGCCGUGGCAGAUGAGCGCUACGGCAGCAGAGUAAGCUGA